GUGGAGCUGCUGCACCUCCAGGAGCAGAGGAGCGUCGGUCGGAACCACUUCUUUUUUCACAGUCUGGACUUAAACUUGUGUUCUGGAUAAAGACUCGGAGCGGCUGCAGUCCUCCGGAGUUCAGCAGAAGAAAAGCUGAAGGAGCAAAGUGGAGCUGGAGAAGAGGAGGAAGCAUCUUCAGGCUGAGCAUGGAGAAAGAAAGAGUCAGCACCAUGAAGAUCCUCCUCACUCCAGUGAUGCCCUUCCUGCUCCUCCUCAUCCUCCCUGAUGGCAUCUUCUCCAGCAGCUGCCCCAAAGAUUGCUCCUGUUCCACUCCAGAAUCCAUCCUGUGUUUCCAGAGACGAUCCUCCAGCAUUCCCAGAGGCGUGGACCCAUCCACCAAAAGCAUCUACCUCUUUGCCAAUGGGAUUGAAAGAUUAACAGCUGAGGACUUUGAUGGUCUAGAGAACCUGGAAAUGCUGGACCUCAGUCAAAACAAACUGACCCACCUUCCUGACAGGGUAUUUGAACCUUUAACUUCUUUGAGAAACCUGGACUUGUCAUCCAACCAGAUCACUCACAUUUCAGAGGAAUGUUUCCACAGUAUGACGCUGCUCGAGCGCCUUUACCUGUACAGUAAUCACAUCAAGACCAUCCACCCGGCGGCCUUUAACGGCCUGGAGCACCUGCUGGAGCUCAAACUGCAGGGUAACCAGCUUACAUCCCUGCCGGCUCUCUCAAUGCCCCGACUGCUGCUGCUGGACCUUCGCUUUAAUGUCUUACCCAAUUUGGGUCCUUCAGACAUCCAGACACCAAACCUAGAGGCACUCAAACUGGGUGGAGUGGGGCUGACCAGCCUAAACAAGGAGCUCAUAGGCAGCCUGAAGAAUCUCCAUGAACUGGACAUUUCAGGAAACCAACUCGAGUCCUUCCCCUCUGUGCUAAAGGAGACCCCAGGGCUGCUUCACCUCAGCCUGGCCGGGAACCCAAUGGGUCCUCUUAGGGUUCAGGACCUGCAGAACCUCGGGGAGCUAUAUGAGUUGGACAUUAGCAGCCUCAGUCUGCAAGGCCUCCCUGAAGAGUUGUCCCAACUCUUCCCCAACCUCAGAAAGCUCACAGCAGCAGAAAACCCCUUCAACUGCCUCUGCAACUUAGCAUGGUUCCCGAGAUGGCUCAGGGCCCAGAGCAUCACUUUGGAGAGAACCGAGGAGACCCGCUGCCAUUUUCCACCCAUCAAUGCUGGAAAGGUGCUAGAAAGACUGGAGCACAGGGACUUUGGUUGUCCCACCACGACUACAGUCACCACCAGCACUGUGAGAACUACCACCACCCUACCUGUUGCUGUCACCACCUUCCCGACGACCACCAGGGCUGAUCCCGCCCCCCGGGCCAGCGACAACCCCACCGACCAGGAGAUAGAUCUGCCCCUACCCCCCGUCCCUGCCUCCCCCAGCAGCAGCAGCAUGGACCAAGGCGUGGAGCAGCACUUCUGUCCCUCUCACACCUGUCUGAAUGGGGGUACAUGCCGAUUGGACCAGCACGGUCAGGUGGAGUGUACCUGCCCACAUGGUACCGUUGGCAUGUACUGUGAAGUUCAGAACUACCCCCCGCCGUCACCUCCUGACGCUGAGCCCCCCAUGGGAACAGUCACUGCCGAUCCACCGGACAUCAGCUCACAUCAAGCAACUGCAACCUCCAUCCUGCUGGACCUCCACCGCUACAUUGAGAUGAGGCCUUACAUCCGUGGAAUCCGGUUAACCUACCGCAACCUCUCCGGACCAGACCGCAGGCCGAUCCAGCUCAGCCUCCCAGCAUCCUUCCCAGAGUACAGACUCAGAGGUCUGAAUCCCAACUCCACCUACACUGUGUGUGCCAGUCCGUUAGGAGCUCCUAGCGGUGUAGACAGUGUCUGCACUGAGGCCCACACUGCCCCUGAGACCACCAGGGGCCCUGAUGCACAGUUUGAGGACCCAAAGCUAACCACCAUGCUGGUGCCUGCAAUCGCUAUCUUGCUGCUCCUGGUGCUGAUAGCAGUAGUGGUGGGGGUGGUAUGCUAUCUUCGCAGAAAGAGGGCCAAGGGCCACCUGGACCUGGAGUGUGAGCCCUCCCAGCUAGAGCUGGACGGGGUAAAAGGUGGACUGGACAAUGGAGCGCUGCCUCAAAAACAGCCCCAACUCAUGCUCCCUGAACCUGCUGUUCAAAACAGCAAUCUGGAAUAUGAGGUGUUGCUCCUACAAGAUCACUGCACAUCAAACAACAACACGUCCUCACAUAAGCCUUCCUACUUCUGAUAGUAGCUUUCAGAUCUAAGAUCUCAGAUCUAAAAGAGGAGCUUUAAGGUGAAAAGAGCAGAAACUGCUGUUUGUGAAAGUGGAGGAUACAUUAUCAGCAACCAGUGCGUAGAAACUGGAUGUAGCUGAAUGUCCUUUGGUUGUCUAAGCAGACAUUAAACAAGUUCAGAAACAUUUGUUUGGACUUAAGCAUGAAAUGUGCUUCAACUCCAUGGACAUGCUGCAUCCUGCUUCAGGAACAUUCAGCUGUGAUGCUGGGACUGACGCUGUGUUGUGAUUGGCUGUGGGCUUCAGAGAUGUGAUGCCUUCAUCGCCCUUCCAACAACCUGACUGAACAUGGAGCCUCCCCAGGACCCCAAAGGGAUCAGUGCUUGCUGUGAAUGACCUUUCAGACACCAAAUGAAGUUGUGCAGAGAAAACAGAUGUUGCUUGUGUUGCUUUAUUUGGCACAAAAACUUGUAUGUAUUUUUUUAUAUCUGUUUCUUGAUGUUAUUUUUUAUUGUGGAACUUAGUGACUGUUAACAGCCUCAGCAGCCUCCACCUCCUGUGACUAACAGACAAAACAGCAGAUUAAAAUCUUUGAAGAUUAAAACUCGUUUGGUACCAGUAAAGUCAAUCAAAGGGCUUUGUCCCCAGAAUGUCAGACAGACUAAGUAGUUGUGAGUCUGGACACAGUUGAGACUAAAUCCUCCUCCUCCACUGCUCUGCCAUCAGAAAGAGGGAGAAUAAUCAGGAUUACUGGAAGGUACAGACUGACUGAACUCCUCUGUUUCAAGGUUUCAACCAUUUUAGAGCUUAUCGUAGCUCCAGCAGACCAGCACACAGGAGACUUUAUUUAUUGUUUAUUCCCUGUAAGGGAAGCUGUGUUUUCCCAACCACAGGUCACAUUCAGCACACGACUGCUGACAACUAGGAAAGCAAACAGUGGGUGUGUAUUGUGUUUCCCCUGAGUAAAAAUAGUCUGCUUGGUGCGACGCUAUGCACGGUUUCUGCUGGCAAGGAGAGCUGAGUUCUGCUGGACUAUCAGCAGACGACUGAUGCAGAUCUGAGAACAUGAAGCUAGAGUAGCAUUCUGAGUGUGUGUGUGUGUGUGUGUGUGUGUGUGUGUGUGUGUGUGUGUGUGUGUACUUGUACUUGCUACAUUGUGAGAACCAUUUUCUGCAUUUAACUAUCAAAGUGAGAACAUUUUUACAAAGUGAGGACAUUUUGACCGGUCCUCACUUUGAAACAGCCAUGUUUGAGGGUGAAGACUUGUUUUUAGAGAACAGGUAUGAAUUGAGGUUUGGUUAGGGUUAGGGUAAGGAUUAAGUUUAGGCAAUCAGUUGUGAUGGUUAAGGUUAGGGUAAGGCUCUAGGAAAUGCAUUACGCCUAUGGAUGUCCUCACUAAGAUAGAAGUACAAACAUGUGUGUGUGUGUGUGUGUGUGUGUGUGUGUGUGUGUGUGUGUGAUAAUGCCGGUACAUGUCCUGUCUUGUGCAGAGACCUCCAGACAUCAGGUUAUCAGUUUCUAUGAGCCCUCAUGCCUCAGAGUAUUUUCAGCCCCAACAACUGAUCCUGGAGGUAAACCCACCAAAGACACAUCUGUGAACAUCUGUAUGGUUACCUGCAGUAUUUUCAACCACAGUAAACAUCCCACGCUAACAAAAUGCCUUCAAAAUUCACCAUCGAGUAAUGCAACUGGAAUAUUUGUCUGUAAAAUACAUUGAAAAUAACCAAAAGUGUUUUCGAUGUGACUGUUAAUUUUUCCCUGUUAAUUUUGGGAAGCUUCUUGUUGUCAUUUGUUGUUUUUUAUUCUGUGAGCUUAUUUGUACAAGUGGAAAAAGUGAUAUUAUCAUUAAAUGAAUAUCCGAAAGUAAAA